CUUAAAGCUCAAGAUGGCGACGUCGACCAGGAAGUAGAGAUGGCUGGUGAAUGACGGGGGUUUGACAUGUUUCUGCUCGGAGCCUGAUGCCCUCUCUUGCCACGUCUGUUGUCAUGGACACGGAGGACUAUCUGCACCCUGAGGGCCCUCAGCUGGGGAGCCCCAAAUUCAGCGCUCCCAGUCCUCCUCUCACAAGUUCCAUGGAGAGUCAGCUGUAUCAGCCCAACUCAUGGGCGUACUCGCAGCAAACUCAAUACAACCAGCACUAUCCUAUGCAAUCUGGGAGGCAGCUCCAGCCGACCCCAUCCUUUAUGAAUCUGGACCUGUCUGACAUAGACUUUCAUGAACUUAUGCGGAAUGGAGACUUUUCCCAGGAUCUGCCAUGCACAGACGAGGUGGCAUCGCUGUUCUCCUCACCAUCUGAUUCUCUGCUGGAGUAUCCAGAACCUUCAGGAUUUGGCACUGAUAGUCUGGCGCAGUUACCUGGCGAGGGUCCUGCAGCACAGAUGUACUGGGAUAUACCUGGACACAGUCAGAGACCGCUAAACCUGAGCGCCUUUCCUGGCAGGUUGGAUGAAUUGAACGCGAUCCUGUCUCCAUCAGUGGCAGGAUUUAAGGCUGCUGCUGCUCCUGCUCCACCACCCGAGGAAGAGGAGGAAGCAGAUGAUGAAGAGACGGAGGAGUUGGGGCACGCCGACACUUAUGCAGAAUAUAAGCCAUCCAAAUCUACUAUAGGAAUCUCUCAUCCUGAUAUCGUGGUGGAGACCAACACACUGUCCAGCGUUCCUCCUCCUGACAUCACAUACACACUGUCCAUUCCAGACAGCACCAUAAACACAGGCCUUCUGUCAGCCCUGCAGCUUGAGGCCAUCAUCUACGCCUGCCAGCAACACGAAGUGAUUCUUCAGAAUAGUCAGCGAGCAGGUUUUCUGAUCGGAGACGGAGCUGGUGUUGGGAAAGGACGCACUGUGGCUGGAAUCAUACUGGAGAACUUCUUAAAGGGACGGAAAAGAGCGCUGUGGUUCAGUGUGUCGAAUGACCUGAAGUACGAUGCUGAGAGAGAUCUCAAGGACAUCAACGCUCCUAACAUCCCUGUGUUUGCAUUAAAUAAGAUUAAAUAUGGAGAUACGGCUACCUCAGAGGGCGUUCUGUUCGCCACAUACUCAGCGCUGAUUGGAGAGAGUCAGGCCGGCGGGCAGCAUCGCACCCGACUCAAGCAGAUCCUGGACUGGUGCAAACCCAGCUUUGAUGGAGUCAUUGUGUUUGACGAGUGCCAUAAGGCUAAGAACGCGACCUCUACUAAAAUGGGUAAAGCCGUUCUGGACCUGCAGAGCAAACUGCCUCGAGCAAGAGUGGUGUAUGCUAGUGCCACAGGUGCUUCUGAGCCAAAGAAUAUGAUCUACAUGAGCCGAUUGGGGAUUUGGGGGCAAGGAACACCCUUCAAGACCUUUGACGACUUCCUGCAUGCUAUUGAAAAGAGGGGUGUUGGUGCUAUGGAGAUUGUGGCGAUGGAUAUGAAAGUGAGUGGCAUGUAUAUCGCCCGGCAGCUCAGCUUUUCUGGCGUCUCUUUUCGGAUAGAGGAGAUCGCACUUGAUGAAGAGUUUAAACUGGUCUACAAUAAAGCAGCCAGACUGUGGGCAGAGGCUCUGGAGCUGUUCAACAGAGCUGCAGACACGCUGGGUCUGGCGUCCCGUAAGUCUCUAUGGGGUCAGUUCUGGUCGUCCCAUCAGAGGUUUUUUAAGUACCUCUGCAUCGCUGCUAAAGUGCGUCGUCUGGUUGACCUCGCGCAUAUGGAGAUGCAGCAGGGCAAGUGCAUCGUGAUUGGCCUGCAGUCCACAGGAGAGGCUCGUACUCGAGAAGUCCUGGACGAGAAUGACGGACAUUUGGACAAAUUUAUCUCCGCUGCAGAGAGGGUUUUCCAGUCAUUAGUUCAGAAACACUUUCCAACACAGAAACCCAAAAGAGAGAAAAGUGCUGCAAACAAGAGGAAACGAAAACCCAGAGGCCGGCCUUCAAAGUUUCCUAAGCAGCGUGUGGAAGUGGGCGGAGUUAUUAAAAUCAGCGAUGACUCAGACUCUGACUCUGAUGAGUUUGACAGCGAAUCAAACUCCUCCCCCGAAUCACUACAGGACAAUGAUGAUGUGAUUUUCGUCAACCACAUAAAUGGACCUGCUGCUAAACUGGAGGAGUUGAAGCUGAGGCUGCUACAUAAAAUAGCGGAGCUGGGAAAAGAGUUGCCGCUGAACACUCUGGAUGAGCUGAUCGACCGAUUCGGAGGACCAGAGAAAGUGUCAGAGAUGACUGGCCGUAAAGGACGUGUGGUGCGGCGUCCCGAUGGCAGCGUUCGAUACGAAAGCAGAGCAGAGCAAGGCCUGACCAUCGACCACGUCAACGUCCGAGAGAAAGAGCGCUUCAUGUCUGGAGAAAAGCUGAUAGCCAUCAUCUCUGAAGCGGCCAGUUCAGGUAUUUCUCUGCAAGCGGAUAAACGUGUGCAGAACCGCAGGAGAAGGGUCCACAUGACACUAGAGCUGCCGUGGAGUGCCGAUCGUGCCAUCCAGCAGUUCGGCCGAACGCAUCGCUCAAAUCAGGUUACGGCUCCAGAGUAUAUAUUCCUUAUCUCGGAGCUAGCAGGAGAACGACGCUUUGCCUCUAUUGUGGCCAAGAGACUGGAGAGCCUGGGAGCGCUGACCCACGGCGACAGACGAGCCACAGAAUCCAGAGACCUGAGCCAAUACAACUUUGAGAACAAAUACGGCACCAAAGCUUUGGAUAAGAUCACUAAAGCCAUCCUGGGACACAUCGACAACAAAGUCCCUCCACCCAAGGGAUACCCAGGAGGAGGAAUCAUGUUUUUCAGAGAUAUGAAGAAAGGCAUGAUUGAUGUGGGAAUUUUCUGUAAGGAGCCACGGAUGGGACUGAAUACAGAGAAAGACUGCACCCUCACCAAGUUUCUGAACCGUAUUUUGGGUCUGGAGGUCCAUCACCAGAACUUUCUGUUCCAGUACUUCACAGAAAACUUUGACUACCUGAUCGAAAAGGACAAAAAGGAGGGAAAAUACGACAUGGGAAUAUUGGAUCUUGCUCCUGGUAAUGAUGAGAUUCAUGAGGAAACACAGGAGAAGUUUCUGACUCCAGGAAACCCUCAGGAAGGCCAGGUCAUCCUCUAUAAGAUCAGUGUGGAUCGUGGGAUGCCCUGGAAAGAGGCCUGCAGUAAAGCUGAGAAACUCACUGGAGAUUACGAAGGCUUUUACCUCUCUAACAAGCUGCGUGGGAGUCAGCCGUGCGUCCUGCUUGCUGAACAGGGUCGUGGUCGAAACCUGAUCCUCUACAAACCCAACAUUGGCAAACAGGCUCAUCCUGAGAACCUGGACAACCUCCUCCUCAGAUACUACAAGGUGUUGCCUGAGGAUGCAAAGGAUGUCUGGGAAAGCCAGUUUGACUUUUCCUUCACUAACUGUAGCCACGCCAACUGGAAGGGUAAGUGUAAGUCGAUCGAGGAGGGUCAGGAGUGUUUUCUGGGGAUGCGUCUCCGGCAGUAUCACAUGCUGUGUGGAGCUCUGCUGCGCGUCUGGAAGCGAGUGUCCGACAUCGUCUCGGACAUCACCAACUCCAGCAUCCUGCAGAUUGUGAGACUCAAAACCAAACAGAACAGCAAACAAGUUGGUAUAAAAAUCCCUGAAAACUGUGUAUCCCGUGUGCGCGCUGAGCUCUCUCGAAUGGACGAAGAGGUGAAGAAAGCGCGACGUGAGAGAGAGCAGUUCGCAAAUGAACAGCGCCUCCGCCAAGAAAUGCUAGCCAAGAUGAUCAACGCUCGCAAACUCAUCGCCAACCCUCCACGCUCUCUUCCCAACCACUUCAACUACCCACGAUCCCUCCUGCCACCAACAUUACAACCCAAAACCGAAACCGUCAGUGAGGUUUUGGAUCUAACCGUAAGUCCUUGCCCUUCGCCGGACAUCAAAGCACCCACUUCUAACAUAAACGGCGUGUCUUUAAAUGUCCUGAACAGCAGAGGGCGCCAAUCUGGAGUCGUUCCCGAAACGUUCGAUCUUGAGGACCUGAUUUCCCAGGAGCAGCAGAGACACAGACAGGUGGUGUUAAACUCAAACUGCGCAUGCCGUCAUCGCAUUCGUCUUUAAACAUCCCGCAGCAGCACGUUCACACAUUAAAGCAGAAUCAUUCAUCAUUUGGAGUGCUAACACAGCAGCAGAAUGCAACCAGGUCUGCGCAAUA